UUAAACUUGAAUUUGCUGAUUUUUUACAUGUGUCUAGUAUUAUGUAUAGAUCCGUAAAUUCAAUCAAAAUUCAAACCGAGGGGUACACUCAACACACAGGCAGACAGAAAGAGGGAGAGAGAGACUGAGUGAGCAGGAGGGAGCAAGAGGGAGCAAGUAAGGAGGAGGCACAAACAGAGUGCACAUCUCUGGCUGACAAAUGGUGCAUUAGAGUUUUACAUAGACUGCACGAUCCGGACAUGGAGCGACUCUCGUUUUCAGCACUGAGCAUGGCCAUAUUGCUGCACUCGGUCAUGGGCAUCUCAUACUACUUUCUGAUGGCCCGGUGCUCCCCGGCGCCCCUGCUAGGCAGCUGGCUGUUCGUCGCCUGCAUUGGAGCCGUGCUGCAGGUGGUGCACAUAUUUCCGCAGUGGUGCCGCAACUGUUCGUCCCUAUGCCGCCUGACCAUGGAGAUGGCCGUGUGCUGCUUCACGCUGGACCUGAUGCUGACCAAGCUGUGGUGUCGCAUUGAGUCGCUGUGCCACUGUGCCAUCGUCGGCAUCCUGCAGCUGUUCGUUACGGAGGACCGUACCUUUGCUUCCUGCGAGUACUGGAUGCUCGGUGUGACCACCAGCGUGAUAGGCGCCUGCCUGCUCUGGUUCACACUGUGGGCCACCGCGUUCCCCAGCAGGCUACGUCUGGACUAUACCAAUUGGCAAAAAAACGUCUCACGUUCUUUUAAACAAAAUAUUCGCCAUUUGGCUUUUGGGCCGUCGAAUCUGCAGUGCGCCACCUCCCCGCGCUUGGAGGAAAGCGAGCAGAGCUUUGCCAGUUGAGCCAGUCGCAGGACAACAGGUAUUAAUAACUGGAAAAAAUAAGUUCAAAGUUGAAGGUGGGUCAGGCCGCAAUGACAUUUACCAUGCACCACAACCUGUUUUAGAACUAAGCCAAACAAACUUGACAAAUUGCAAAAAAAAACAUUCAGCAGUCCCCUAAUUCUGCGUUUCCCCAAACAAAUGUGACUUGCAGCAAGCAAUGAUGUGUGCCCUAAACCCAUUCCUUGGAAGUUUGUGGAAAUUUCAAAUAAAAUGUUAUAUAAAGUAUAUCAAUCUUAA